UUCUCCCCCAUCAAGGGCAGUUUCGGUCUCGGCUUCAAAGAACAAACACACACUCAAAACAAAGGAAGACAGUCCUUGACUGCAGAGGAAGCAGGAAGCUGCCGGUCCUGCUCGGAGCCCAGCUGCCGGAGCCUGGGGACAGCAGGAUGGAGUCCGUGGCCCUGUACAGUUUUCAGGCCACGGAGAGCGAUGAGCUGGCCUUCAACAAGGGGGACACACUCAAGAUCCUGAACAUGGAAGACGACCAGAACUGGUACAAGGCUGAGCUCCGGGGUGCUGAGGGUUUCAUCCCCAAGAACUACAUCCGGGUCAAGCCCCACCCGUGGUACUCGGGCAGGAUUUCGCGGCAGCUGGCGGAGGAGAUUCUGAUGAAGCGGAACCAUCUGGGAGCCUUCCUGAUCCGGGAGAGUGAGAGCUCCCCUGGGGAAUUCUCCAUCUCUGUGAAUCGCCCCGGGCCUGCUUUGCCCAGGCCCAGUUCGACUUCUCAGCCCAGGACCCUUCACAGCUCAGCUUCCGCCGCGGUGACAUCAUCGAGAUCCUGGAGCGCCCAGACCCGCACUGGUGGAGGGGCCAGUCCUGUGGGCGUGUUGGCUUCUUCCCACGGAGCUACGUCCAGCCGGUGCAUCUGUGACCUCAUGGGUGGCGGCAGAGCCGGCAGCCCCUUCGGCCAAGAGGUCUUUUUGCAGGAACUGGGGUCCAGAGAGAGGACCUGGACAACCCCACUCCAGGUCACAUUGGGCUCAGCAGGAAGCCUUGCAUUGAACUUGGCCUCCUAACUGCCUUGUGCCUCUUCAUACAGAUUGGGACACGCUCCCAGCACCCCAGAACUAACUACUGUGCUUAGAGACCAGGUUGCUCUUGAGGACUUCCCAUUGGCUGCCAGUUGUGUGACAUCAGGGGGCGGGGUCUCUGGAGGCCCCACCCACAUGCUACUAUCAAUGGCUCAAUUCCUAGGUUGCACAGACUUGGGGCUCAACCCAGAGAACCCUAGGCUUGGUGCGUGGGUUCACCUCGGGCAGACCACUGCUGGGUCUGUCUACCCCUCCCUCAAAAGGCACUUGGAUUUAUACAGGUGGCUCAGCCCAGAGCACCUGGGAUUACUAGGUAAACAGGAGCUUUUCUUGCAGAAAAAAUGACUUUGGGCUCCAUCUGGGGCAUCCAGCCCCCAAAGAUGCUUUGGGGUGGGGCGAGAGGACCUGAGGACACGGGAAGGAGCUGGAAGAGGUAAAAGAAAAGAAGUAAGUCCUCUUCAGUUGGCCUUGUGCACACAGACAAGCUCUGAAGAGCCAGGCCCUAGGCCCAGCCACAUGGGACACCUGGACUGCACGGGAUUAUGUUUGCGCAGGUUCUGCCUGGACCAGGGCCCCUGGCACUCUGGGAAGGCAGGGCAACCUGCAGGCCAGAUGGGAUGUUGGGUUUUUUUUGAUGCCCUACAGGACCAGAGUUGGCAGGCAGCCUAGGUAGGGGCCAGCCUGAAUGAAGAUGGAAUGGGCAGCCCCCAAGCAGAGCCUGGGCACCUUUGGGAGCAGGACAAUUGGAAGUGGGACUUAGGAAGGCCCUGAAUCCUAGGCUGAUGGAGGCACCAUGAGCAGGGGAGGAAGAGAGGAGGUUCCUUCCAUUCCCUGGAAGCAAGCUGAGGGGGGGGCCCUGGGGGGGGGGCGCCCCCCCCCCCCCCGUGUUGUAGGCAGGUGGGGUUCUCCCUCCCUCCAGGGCUGGUCCAAGACCCUUCAAGCCCAAGACCCUGGCAAACCCCACUGCUCCUAACCUGGACCUGUGUAUUCAAAAUAAAAACCAUGAAACCAAUA